GGGCUGCUGGGUGGCAACCGUGUCAGGUCCCGGGGCCUCGGAGGGAAGUGAGACCCAGCAGCCCAAAGCCACUGCCUGUGCCCCCGGCCUGGGCACUGCCCAGAUCCCUCCGUAGACAGGCCCCCGGCUCUGCCGCCCCCAUGGAGCCCUCCUCACUCAGUGGCGCGCCCCGCUUCCUGACGCGGCCCAAGGCCUUCGUGGUGUCCGUGGGCAAGGACGCCACGCUGAGCUGCCAGAUCGCGGGCAACCCCACGCCGCAGGUGAGCUGGGAGAAGGACCGGCAACCAGUGGAGCCCAGUGCGCGCUUCCGCCUGGCCCAGGACGGCGACCUGUACCGCCUCACCAUCCUGGACCUGGCGCUCGGAGACAGCGGACAGUAUGUGUGCCGCGCGCGCAAUGCCAUCGGGGAGGCCUUCGCGGCUGUUGGCCUGCAGGUGAACGCUGAGGCCGCGUGUGCUGAGCAGGCACCGCACUUCUUGCUGCGCCCCACGUCCAUCCGCGUGCGGGAGGGCGCCGAUGCCACGUUCCGUUGCCGUGUGCGUGGCUCUCCGCCGCCGGCCGUGAGUUGGUCCAAGGAUGGGCGGCGUCUGGGCGCGCCUGAUGCCCCGCGCGUGCGUGUGGAGGAGCGGGGCGAUGCAAGCUCUCUGCAUAUCCAGGCUGCGCGCCCGCGUGAUGGCGGCACCUACGAGGUGCGUGCUGAGAAUCCCCUGGGCACCGCCAGCGCAGCCGCGGCCCUCAUGGUGGAUGCGGACGCGACGUGGUCGGCCCCGCCCGGGGCGUCCACCGCCGCGCUCCUGGCGCACCUGCAGCGGCGGCGUGAGGCUAUGCGUGCGGAUGACGCCCCUCCCUCGCCGCCUGGCGCAGGCACACGCACCUGCACGGUGACCGAGGGCAAGCACGCACGCCUCAGCUGCUUCGUGACGGGUGAGCCCAAGCCUGAGACGCUGUGGAAGAAGGACGGGCAGCCGGUGGCCGAGGGCCGGCGGCACGUGGUGUACGAGGACGCGCAGGAGAACUUCGUGCUCAAGAUCCUGUUCUGCAGGCAGGAGGACCGCGGCCUGUACACCUGCACGGCGUCCAACCUCGUGGGCCAGACCUACAGCUCGGUGCUGCUGGUCGUGCGCGAGCCUGCCGUGCCCUUCCGGAAGCGGCUGCAGGACCUGGAGGUGCGCGAGAAGGAGUCAGCCACGUUCCUGUGCGAGGUGCCACAGCCGGCUACGGAGGCCGCGUGGUUCAAGGAGGAGACGCGGCUGUGGGCGAGUGCCAAAUACGCCAUUGAACAGGAGGGCACGGAGCGCCGGCUGACUGUGCACAACGCCUCGGCUGAUGAUGACGCUGUGUACAUCUGCGAGACCGCUGAGGGCAGCCGCACGGUGGCUGAGCUCAACGUCCGAGGCAACCUGACUCGAAAGCUGCCUAGGAAGACGGCAGUGCGUGUGGGGGACAUGGCCAUCUUUUGUGUGGAGCUGGCCAUCCCUGAGGGCCCAGUUCGCUGGCUGCGGAACCAGGAGGAGGUGGUGGCUGGAGGCCGUGUGGCCAUCACUGCUGAAGGCACGAGCCACACACUGACCAUCUCCCAGUGCAACCUGGACGACGCAGGGGAGGUUGUCUUUGUGGCUGGCAGCUGCCGCACGUCCACACAGUUCUGUGUGUCGGUGCCCAGGAGACCACCCCUGCAUCCCCCUGUGGACCCUGUGGUGCUGGCGAAGACAGAGAGUUCCGUAACCCUCAGCUGGUCCCCACCACCCCACGGGGACCGCCCCGUAACCAUCGACGGCUACCUGGUGGAGAAGAGGAGGCUCGGGACCCAUAUCUGGAGCCGCUGCCACGAAGCAGAGUGGGUGGCCACGCCACAGCUGACCGUGGCUGGUGUGGCCGAGGAGGGGGACUAGUUCCGGGUGUCGGCUGUCAACAGCUUUGGUCAGAGUCCCUACCUUGAGUUCCCAGGGACUGUGCAUCUUGUCCCCCAGCUGGCCGUGAGGACGCCCCUGAAGGCGGUGGAGGCAGUGGAGGGUGGCGAAGUCAGCUUCUCCGUGGAGCUCACUGUGGCCUCGGCAGGCCAGUGGUUCCUGGACGGGCAGGCCCUGAAGGCCAGCAGAACGUACAAGAUCCUAUGCAGUGGCACCAGGCACACGCUCACCAUUCGCGAGGUGCCCGCCAGCCUGCACGGGGCCCAGCUCAAGUUUGUGGCAGACGGCAUAGAGAGCAGCGUCCGUGUGGAGGUCCGAGCGGCCCCUGGACUGACUGCACACAAGCCUCCAGCAGCAGCUGCCCGGGAGGUGCUGGCCCGGCUGCAUGAGGAGGCCCAGCUGCUGGCAGAGUUGUCUGACCAGGCCGCGGCCGUGACGUGGCUGAAGGACGGCCGUGAGCUGCCCUUGGGCCCCAAGUAUGAGGCGCGGGCGUCGGCGGGGCGGCGCGUGCUGCUGGUGCGUGAUGUGGUACGUGACGACGCCGGCCUCUAUGAGUGCGUCAGCCCUGGGGCCCGCAUCGCCUGCCAGCUGUCAGUGCAAGGCCUCACAUCCUUUCUGCACAAGGACACAGCUGGUGGCCGUGUGGACGCUGUGGCUGGGGGCCAAGCCCAGUUCGAGUGUGAGACCUCGGAAGCCCACGUCCCCGUGCGCUGGUUCAAGGAUGGCUUGGAGCUGGGGUGCUCCAGCCAGCGGGUCUCCCAGGAAGACAUGGGCACACGGCACCGGCUGGUGCUGGCCUCAGUCACCAGGCAGGAUGAGGGCACCUACUCCUGCCGCGUGGGUGGGGAUGCCGUGGACUUCCAGCUCCGUGUUUCUGAGCCCAAGGUGGUGUUUGCCAAGGGGCAGCCGGCGCUCAGCCAGGUCCAGGCCGAGGCGGGGGCCAGCGCCACGCUGAGCUGCGAGGUGGCCCAGGCCCAGACGCAGGUGACGUGGUACAAGGACGGGAAGAAGCUGAGCUCGAGCUCGAAGGUGCGCGUGGAGGCCGCGGGCUGCACACGGCGGCUGGUGGUGCAGCAGGCGGGCCAGGCGGACGCCGGGGAGUACAGCUGCGAGGCUGGGGGCCAGCGGGUCUCCUUCCGCCUGGACGUCGCAGAGCCCAAGGUGGUGUUUGCCAAGGGGCAGCCGGCGCUCAGCCAGGUCCAGGCCGAGGCGGGGGCCAGCGCCACGCUGAGCUGCGAGGUGGCCCAGGCCCAGACGCAGGUGACGUGGUACAAGGACGGGAAGAAGCUGAGCUCGAGCUCGAAGGUGCGCGUGGAGGCCGCGGGCUGCACACGGCGGCUGGUGGUGCAGCAGGCGGGCCAGGCGGACGCCGGGGAGUACAGCUGCGAGGCCGGGGGCCAGCGGGUCUCCUUCCGCCUGGACGUCGCAGAGCCCAAGGUGGUGUUUGCCAAGGGGCAGCCGGCGCUCAGCCAGGUCCAGGCCGAGGCGGGGGCCAGCGCCACGCUGAGCUGCGAGGUGGCCCAGGCCCAGACGCAGGUGACGUGGUACAAGGACGGGAAGAAGCUGAGCUCGAGCUCGAAGGUGCGCGUGGAGGCCGCGGGCUGCACACGGCGGCUGGUGGUGCAGCAGGCGGGCCAGGCGGACGCCGGGGAGUACAGCUGCGAGGCCGGGGGCCAGCGGGUCUCCUUCCGCCUGGACGUCGCAGAGCCCAAGGUGGUGUUUGCCAAGGAGCAGCCGGCGCUCAGCCAGGUCCAGGCCGAGGCGGGGGCCAGCGCCACGCUGAGCUGUGAGGUGGCCCAGGCCCAGACGCAGGUGACGUGGUACAAGGACGGGAAGAAGCUGAGCUCGAGCUCGAAGGUGCGCGUGGAGGCCGCGGGCUGCACACGGCGGCUGGUGGUGCAGCAGGCGGGCCAGGCGGACGCCGGGGAGUACAGCUGCGAGGCCGGGGGCCAGCGGGUCUCCUUCCGCCUGGACGUCCCAGAGCCCAAGGUGGUGUUUGCCAAGGGGCAGCCGGCGCUCAGCCAGGUCCAGGCCGAGGCGGGGGCCAGCGCCACGCUGAGCUGUGAGGUGGCCCAGGCCCAGACGCAGGUGACGUGGUACAAGGACGGGAAGAAGCUGAGCUCGAGCUCGAAGGUGCGCGUGGAGGCCGCGGGCUGCACACGGCGGCUGGUGGUGCAGCAGGCGGGCCAGGCGGACGCCGGGGAGUACAGCUGCGAGGCCGGGGGCCAGCGGGUCUCCUUCCGCCUGGAUGUUGCAGAGCCCAAAGUGGUGUUUGCCAAGGGGCAGCCGGCGCUCAGCCAGGUCCAGGCCGAGGCGGGGGCCAGCGCCACGCUGAGCUGCGAGGUGGCCCAGGCCCAGACGCAGGUGACGUGGUACAAGGACGGGAAGAAGCUGAGCUCGAGCUCGAAGGUGCGCGUGGAGGCCGCGGGCUGCACACGGCAGCUGGUGGUGCAGCAGGCGGGCCAGGCGGACGCCGGGGAGUACAGCUGCGAGGCCGGGGGCCAGCGGGUCUCCUUCCGCCUGGACAUCCCAGAGUCCAAGGUGGUGUUUGCCAAGGGGCAGCCGGCGCUCAGCCAGGUCCAGGCCGAGGCGGGGGCCAGCGCCACGCUGAGCUGCGAGGUGGCCCAGGCCCAGACGCAGGUGACGUGGUACAAGGACGGGAAGAAGCUGAGCUCGAGCUCGAAGGUGCGCGUGGAGGCCGCGGGCUGCACACGGCGGCUGGUGGUGCAGCAGGCGGGCCAGGCGGACGCCGGGGAGUACAGCUGCGAGGCCGGGGGCCAGCGGGUCUCCUUCCGCCUGGACGUCGCAGAGCCCAAGGUGGUGUUUGCCAAGGAGCAGCCAGCGCUCAGCCAGGUCCAGGCCGAGGCGGGGGCCAGCGCCACGCUGAGCUGUGAGGUGGCCCAGGCCCAGACGCAGGUGACGUGGUACAAGGACGGGAAGAAGCUGAGCUCGAGCUCGAAGGUGCGCGUGGAGGCCGCGGGCUGCACACGGCGGCUGGUGGUGCAGCAGGCGGGCCAGGCGGACGCCGGGGAGUACAGCUGCGAGGCCGGGGGCCAGCGGGUCUCCUUCCGCCUGGAUGUUGCAGAGCCCAAGGUGGUGUUUGCCAAGGGGCAGCCGGCGCUCAGCCAGGUCCAGGCCGAGGCGGGGGCCAGCGCCACGCUGAGCUGCGAGGUGGCCCAGGCCCAGACGCAGGUGACGUGGUACAAGGACGGGAAGAAGCUGAGCUCGAGCUCGAAGGUGCGCGUGGAGGCCGCGGGCUGCACACGGCGGCUGGUGGUGCAGCAGGCGGGCCAGGCGGACGCCGGGGAGUACAGCUGCGAGGCCGGGGGCCAGAGGGUCUCCUUCCGCCUGGACGUCGCAGAGCCCAAGGUGGUGUUUGCCAAGGGGCAGCCGGCGCUCAGCCAGGUCCAGGCCGAGGCGGGGGCCAGCGCCACGCUGAGCUGCGAGGUGGCCCAGGCCCAGACGCAGGUGACGUGGUACAAGGACGGGAAGAAGCUGAGCUCGAGCUCGAAGGUGCGCGUGGAGGCCGCGGGCUGCACACGGCGGCUGGUGGUGCAGCAGGCGGGCCAGGCGGACGCCGGGGAGUACAGCUGCGAGGCCGGGGGCCAGCGGGUCUCCUUCCGCCUGGAUGUCGCAGAGCCCAAGGUGGUGUUUGCCAAGGGGCAGCCAGCGCUCAGCCAGGUCCAGGCCGAGGCGGGGGCCAGCGCCACGCUGAGCUGUGAGGUGGCCCAGGCCCAGACGCAGGUGACGUGGUACAAGGACGGGAAGAAGCUGAGCUCGAGCUCGAAGGUGCGCGUGGAGGCCGCGGGCUGCACACGGCGGCUGGUGGUGCAGCAGGCGGGCCAGGCGGACGCCGGGGAGUACAGCUGCGAGGCCGGGGGCCAGCGGGUCUCCUUCCGCCUGGAUGUUGCAGAGCCGGAGCCCAGAGCCGCUGGGAGCCGGGGCCGCAGGGAGCCUGUGGUGGUCAAAGAGCAUGAGGACAUCGUCUUAGUGGCCACGCUGGCCACGCCGUCCGCGGCUACCGUGAGCUGGCUCAAGGACGGUGUGGAGAUUCGCCGCAGCCAGCGGCAUGUGACAGCCAGCCAGGGGGACACCCACACCCUGACGGUGCGUGGUGCCCAGGUGCUGGACAGUGCCGUCUACAGCUGCCACGCAGGUGACAGGGGGGAGGACUUCGCCGUGCAGGUGCAAGAGGUGGCCGCCAUGUUUCUCCGGCCGCUGGAGCCUGUGAGUGGGGAGCUGGGCGGCUCUGUGACGCUGGCCUGUGAGCUGAGUGUGCCCCAGGCCCCAGUGGCAUGGCGCUGCGGGGACAUACAACUGCGGCCUGGCCGGCGCUUCCAGAUGGAGGCCACGGGCCCUCUGCGUAUGCUCACUGUCUUGGGGUUGCGUGCUGAGGACGCAGGCGAGUAUGUGUGUGAGACCCGUGACGACCGCACCAGCACACACCUGUCGGUUCACGUGCCCCGUGUGGUCAAGUUCACGUCCGGGCUGAGCGCUGUGGUUGCCGAGGAGGGCCGCGAGGCCACCUUCCAGUGUGUGGUGUCCCCGGAGGAUGCGGCAGUCACCUGGUACCGUGACGGUGCCGAGCUGCAGCCGGGCGAGAAGGUGCUCAUUUCCCGGAGUGGUGCUGGCCACAGCCUGACCAUCUCCUGCCUGGCCCUGGACGAUGCGGGCCAGAUCUCUGCCAAGGCGGAGGGCGCGUCCACCUCAGCCACCCUGCGGGUUCGCGAGGCCCCAGUGCUGUUCAGGAAGAAGCUGGAGCCUCAGACGGUGGAGGAGCGGACCUCGGUGACGCUGGAGGUGGAGCUGACGCGACCGUGGCCGGAGGUGAAGUGGACGCGGAACGCGGUGGCCCUGGUGCCUGGUGAGAACGUGGAGAUCCACGCCGAUGGAGUGCGCCACCGCCUGGUCCUGCACAGCGUGGGGUUUGAAGACCGCGGCUUCUUUGGCUGCGAGACACCUGAUGACAAAACGCAGGCCAAGCUCAGCGUGGAGAUGCGUCAGGUGCGGCUGGUGCGUGGCCUGCAGGCGGUGGAGGUGCGGGAGCAGGGCACGGCCACCAUGCAGGUGGAGCUCUCACACGCCAAUGUGGAGGGCAGCUGGACCAGGGAUGGCCUGCGCCUGCAGCCGGGACCCACCUGCCACCUGACCGUGCAUGGCCCCACUCACACCCUCACGUUGUCGGAGCUGCGGCCGCAGGACAGUGGCCUGGUGGCCUUCAGGGCAGAGGGCGUGCACACCUCGGCUCAGCUCGUCGUCACUGAGCUGCCGGUGCACUUCCGCCGCCCGCUGCAGGACGUCGUGGCCACAGAGAAGGGCAAGGUCACCCUGGAGUGUGAGCUGUCGCGACCCAACGUCGCCGUGCGCUGGCUGAAGGAUGGCGUGGAGGUGCGGGCGGGCAGGACUGUGGGCAUCACAGCCCAGGGCGCCUGCAGGAGCCUCACCCUCUUCCGCGUUGAGCCCGGGGACCAGGGCAUGUACGUGUGUGAUGCUCGAGAUGCUCAGACCUCCGCCUCCCUGACGGUGCAAGGCCGCGACAUCCAGCUCCUGCGGCCCCUGGAGGACGUGGAGGUCAUGGAGAAAGAGGGUGCCACCUUCUCCUGCGAGGUCUCCCACGACGAGGUGGCCGGCCAGUGGUUCCGGGAGGGCACUAAGCUGCGGCCCAGUGACAACCUGCGCAUCCGCCAAGAAGGGAGGACACAUACCCUCAUUUACCGGAAAGUGCUGGUGGGUGACGCAGGGGAAAUCAAGUUUGUGGCAGAAGGAGCCGAGUCUCGAGCCCAGCUCCGAGUGAAAGAGCUGCCGGUGACCCUGGUGCGCCCUCUGCGGGACAAGAUUGCCAUGGAGAGGCACCGCGGUGUGCUCGAGUGCCAGCUGUCCCGGGCCAGUGCACAGGUGCGGUGGUUCAAGGGCAGUGUGGAGCUGCAUCCCGGGGCGAAGUACGACAUGGUCAGCGACGGGGUCUACCGCAAGCUGGUCAUCCGGGACGUGCAGCCCGAGGACGAGGACACCUACACCUGCGACGCUGGCGACGUGCAGACCAGCGCCCAGUUCUUUGUGGAAGAGCAAUCCAUCAGCAUCGUGCGGGAACUGCAGGACGUCACGGUGAUGGAGCCCGCCCCAGCCUGGUUUGAGUGCGAGACCUCUAUCCCCUCGGUGCGACCACCCAAGUGGCUGCUGGGCAAGACAGUGCUGCAGGCUGGGGCGGACGUGGGGCUGGAGCAGGAGGGCACUGUGCACCGGCUGACUCUGCACCGCACCUACUCCACCAUGACGGGGCCUGUGCACUUCACCAUCGGCAAGGCCCGCUCCUCCGCCCACCUCGUGGUCUCGGACGUCCCUGUGGUGCUCGUGCGGCCGCUGGAGCCCAAGGCGGGCCGUGAGGGGCAGUCGGUGGUGCUGUCCUGUGACUUCAGGCCGCCCCCCAAGGCCGUGCAGUGGUACAAGGAGGACACGCCCCUGGCUCCGUCCCACAAGUUCAAGAUGAGGCUGGAGGGCCAGAUGGCAGAGCUGCGCGUCCUGCGGCUUACACCUGCUGACGCCGGCGUCUACCGGUGCCAGGCGGGCAGUGCCCAGAGCGACGCUGUGGUCACUGUGGAAGUGCGGGAGGUGACUGUGACGCAGCCACUGCAGGAUGCCGUGGCUACCGAAGGGGGCCGGGCCUGCUUCUCGCUGGAGCUGUCGCAUGAGGACGAGGAGGUCGAGUGGUCGCUCAACGGGACGCCCCUGUACAGUGACAGCUUCCAUGAGAUCAGCCACGAGGGCCGGCGGCAUACGCUGGUGAUGAAGACCGUGCAGCCAGCCGAUGCCGGCACCGUGCGCGCCGCCUCCCCCAAGGUGUCGGCCUCUGCCCGCCUGGAGGUCAAAGGGAAGCCAGUGGUGUUCCUGAAGGCGCUGGACGACGUGUCGGUGGAGGAGCGUGGCACGCUGACCCUGAAGUGUGAGGUCUCCAGCCCAGAGGCCAGCGUGGUGUGGUGCAAAGAUGGCAUGGAGCUGGUGCCCGGUGAUAAGUGUGACUUCCUGCACACAGCGUGCAUGCGUGGGCUCGUGGUGCGAGACCUGAGCCGUGAGGAUGCUGGCCUGUACACCUGCCGGGUGGGCACCGAGGAGACCCGGGCCCGGGUCAGUGUGCACGAUCUGCUUGUGGGCAUCACCAAGAGGCUGAAAUCCGUGGAGGUGCUGGCUGGAGACAGCUGCAGCUUCGAGUGUGUCCUGUCCCAUGAGAGCGCCGAGGACUCAGCUGUGUGGACAGUUGGCGGGAAGACGGUGGGCACCUCCGGCCGCUUCCAGGCCACGCGCCAGGGCCGCAGAUACACCUUGGUGGUCCAGGAGGCCAAGCCCAGUGAUGCCGGGGAGGUGGUCUUCUCGGUGCGGGGCCUCACCUCCAAGGCCUCGCUCAUCAUCAGAGAGCGGCCGGUGGCUAUCACCAAGCCCCUGGAGGACCAGCGGGCAGUGCUGGGGGAGGACGUGGUGCUGAGCUGCGAGCUUGCCCGCGCCGGCAGCUCAGUGCGCUGGCUGAAGGACGGGAAGGCCAUUCGCAAGAGCCAGAAAUAUGACGUCCUCAAUGAGGGUACCAGGGCCAUGCUGGUCAUCCGGGGGGCCCAGGUCAAGGAUUCCGGUGUGUACACCUGUGAGACGGAAGCUGCCAAGAGCACUGCCAGCCUGCGCGUGGAAGAGAAGGCAAACCGGUUCACCGAGGAGCUGGCUGACCUGCAGGUGGAGGAGCAGGGCACGGCCGUGUUCACCUGCAGGACAGAAAGCCCGGCCGCCCAGGUGACCUGGCGCAAGGGCCUCAUGGAGCUACGGGCCUCAGGGAAGCACGCGCCCAGCCAGGAGGGCCUCACCCUGAGGCUCACCAUCAGCACCCUGGAGAGGGCAGACAGUGACACCUACGUCUGCGACAUCGGCCAGGCCCAGACCCAGGCACGGCUGCUGGUGCAAGCCCGCAGGGUGCUCAUUACGGAGGGCCUGGAGGACGCCGAGGUGCAGGAGGGCUCCUCAGCCACCUUCUGCUGCCGCAUCUCCCCUGCCGACUACGAGCCGGUACACUGGUUCCUGGACAAGACGCCCCUGCAGGCCAACGAGCUCAACGAGAUGGAGGCCCAGCCCGGGGGCUACCACGUGCUCACCAUGCGGCAGCUGGCACUCAAGGACUCGGGCACUGUCUACUUCGAGGCGGGUGACCAGAGGACCUCGGCUGCCCUGCGGGUCACUGAGAAGCCGAGUGUCUUCUCCCAGGAGCUCACGGAUACCACAGUCACUGAGGGUGAGGACCUGACCCUCCUCUGUGAGACCAGGGCACCUGUCAGCCCCGUGCGCUGGACCAAGGAUGGGAAGACCCUGCGGCCAUCUGCUCGGUGCCAGCUGAGCUACGAGGGCCGCCGGGCCCAGCUGACCAUCGUGGGCGCUGCCCUGCAGGACGGUGGCCGUUACAAGUGUGAAGCCGGGGGCGCCUCCAGCAGCUCCAUCGUCAGGGUCCACGCUCGGCCAGUGCGGUUCCAGGAGGCGCUGAGGGACCUGGAGGUGGCUGAGGGUGGCGCCGCCACGCUGCGCUGUGUGCUGUCAGCUGUGGCCACACCUGUGGAGUGGCGCCGGGGAGACCAGGUCCUGAGGCCCAGCAGCAAGUAUGGCCUGCGCCAAGAGGGCGCUGUGCUGGAGCUGGUGGUUCGUGACCUGCAGCCCCAGGACAGUGGGCAGUUCUCCUGCUCCUUCGGAGACCAGAUGACCUCAGCCACCCUCACCGUGAAGGCUCUGCCUGCCCAGUUCGUAGGGAAGCUGAGGAACAAGGAGGCCACAGAAGGGGCCACGGCCACGCUGCGGUGUGAGCUGAGCAAGGCGUCCCCUGUGGAGUGGAGGAAGGGGUCUGAGACCCUCAGAGACGGGGACAGACACAGCCUGAGGCAGGAGGGGGCCGUGUGUGAGCUGCACAUCCGUGGCCUGAAGGUGGAAGACGCUGGAGAGUACUCGUGUGUGUGCGGGCAGGAGAGGACCUCGGCCACGCUCACUGUCAAGGCCCUGCCUGCCAAGUUCAUGAAGGGACUGAGGAACCAAGAGGCCACAGAAGGGUCCACGGCCACGCUGCGGUGUGAGCUGAGCAAGGCGUCCCCUGUGGAGUGGAGGAAGGGGUCUGAGACCCUCAGAGACGGGGACAGACACAGCCUGAGGCAGGAGGGGGCCGUGUGUGAGCUGCACAUCCGUGGCCUGAAGGUGGCAGACGCUGGAGAGUACUCGUGUGUGUGCGGGCAGGAGAGGACCUCUGUUACACUCACCGUCCAGGCCCUGCCUGCCAAGUUCAUGAAGGGACUGAGGAACGAAGAGGCCACAGAAGGGUCCACGGCCACGCUGCAGUGUGAGCUGAGCAAGGCGUCCCCUGUGGAGUGGAGGAAGGGGUCUGAGACCCUCAGAGAUGGGGACAGACACAGCCUGAGGCAGGAGGGGGCCGUGUGUGAGCUGCACAUCCGUGGCCUGAAGGUGGCAGACACUGGAGAGUACUCGUGCGUGUGCGGGCAGGAGAGGACCUCUGUUACACUCACCGUCCAGGCUCUGCCUGCCAAGUUCAUGAAGGGACUGAGGAACGAAGAGGCCACAGAAGGGUCCACGGCCACGCUGCGGUGUGAGCUGAGCAAGGCGUCCCGUGUGGAGUGGAGGAAGGGGUCUGAGACCCUCAGAGACGGGGACAGACACAGCCUGAGGCAGGAGGGGGCCGUGUGUGAGCUGCACAUCCGUGGCCUGAAGGUGGCAGAUGCUGGAGAGUACUCGUGUGUGUGCGGGCAGGAGAGGACCUCUGCCACACUCACCGUCAAGGCCCUGCCUGCCAUGUUCAUGAAGGGACUGAGGAACGGAGAGGCCACAGAAGGGUCCACGGCCACGCUGCGGUGUGAGCUGAGCAAGGCGUCCCCUGUGGAGUGGAGGAAGGGGUCUGAGACCCUCAGAGAUGGGGACAGACACAGCCUGAGGCAGGAGGGGGCCGUGUGUGAGCUGCACAUCCGUGGCCUGAAGGUGGCAGACGCUGGAGAGUACUCGUGCGUGUGCGGGCAGGAGAGGACCUCGGCCACGCUCACCGUCCAGGCCCUGCCUGCCAAGUUCAUGAAGGGACUGAGGAACGAAGAGGCCACAGAAGGGUCCACGGCCACGCUGCAGUGUGAGCUGAGCAAGGCGUCCCGUGUGGAGUGGAGGAAGGGGUCUGAGACCCUCAGAGACGGGGACAGACACAGCCUGAGGCAGGAGGGGGCCGUGUGUGAGCUGCACAUCCGUGGCCUGAAGGUGGCAGACACUGGAGAGUACUCGUGCGUGUGCGGGCAGGAGAGGACCUCGGCCACGCUCACCGUCCAGGCUCUGCCUGCCAAGUUCAUGAAGGGACUGAGGAACGAAGAGGCCACAGAAGGGUCCACAGCCACGCUGCGGUGUGAGCUGAGCAAGGCGUCCCCUGUGGAGUGGAGGAAGGGGUCUGAGACCCUCAGAGACGGGGACAGACACAGCCUGAGGCAGGAGGGGGCCGUGUGUGAGCUGCACAUCCGUGGCCUGAAGGUGGCAGAUGCUGGAGAGUACUCGUGUGUGUGCGGGCAGGAGAGGACCUCUGCCAUGCUCAGCAUCAAGGCCCUGCCUGCCAAGUUCAUGAAGGGACUGAGGAAUGAAGAGGCCACAGAAGGGUCCACGGCCACGCUGCAGUGUGAGCUGAGCAAGGCGUCCCGUGUGGAGUGGAGGAAGGGGUCUGAGACCCUCAGAGACGGGGACAGACACAGCCUGAGGCAGGAGGGGGCCGUGUGUGAGCUGCACAUCCGUGGCCUGAAGGUGGCAGACGCUGGAGAGUACUCGUGUGUGUGCGGGCAGGAGAGGACCUCGGCCACGCUCACCGUCAAGGCCCUGCCUGCCAGAUUCACAGAAGACAUGAGAAACCUUGAAGCCACAGAAGGGUCCACGGCCACGCUGCGGUGUGAGCUGAGCAAGGCGUCCCCUGUGGAGUGGAGGAAGGGGUCUGAGACCCUCAGAGACGGGGACAGACACAGCCUGAGGCAGGAGGGGGCCGUGUGUGAGCUGCACAUCCGUGGCCUGAAGGUGGCAGAUGCUGGAGAGUACUCGUGUGUGUGCGGGCAGGAGAGGACCUCGGCCACGCUCACCAUCAAGGCCCCCCAGGUGGUAUUCCAGGAGCCCCUGCAGCACCUGCAAGUGGAGGAAGGUGCCACAGCCAGCCUGCGGUGCAAGCUGUCCACCCCUGCUGCUGCCGUGGUCUGGAGCAAGGGCGGCCUAGAGCUGCUGGCCGAUGAGCGCCGGGAGCCCAGGCGGCAGGGCUGCGUGGCAGAGCUGCUGCUGCGGGAUCUGCGCCGGGAGGACGCGGGCGAGUAUACCUGCGCCUGUGGCUCCCAGGCCACCAGCGCCAUGCUCACCAUCACAGCUGCACCUGUGCGGUUCCUGCAGGAAUUGCAGGCCCAGGAGGUGGAAGAGGGAGCCACGGCACACCUGCGCUGUGAGCUGAGCCGGGCUGGUGCCAGCGUGGAGUGGCGCAAGGGCUCGCUGCAGCUCUUCCCCUGCGCCAAGUACCAGAUGGUGCAGGUGGGCACGGCCGCCGAGCUGCUGGUGCGUGGUGCUGAGCAGGAGGACGCGGGCGACUACACGUGCGACGCCGGGGUCUCCAGCAGCACCGCCAGCCUUGUGGUCCACGCCCCCAGAUCCAAGUUCGAGACCCGGCUGCAGAAUGUGGAGGCAGAGGUGGGCGGCGAGGCCCGGCUGUGCUGCCGGCUGAGUGAGGUCGAGGAGGGGCCCGUGCAGUGGCUCAAGGAGGGUGAGGAGCUGCGUGGGGGCCCCAAGUACGAGAUGCUGCGCCGCGGGGCUGCCUGUGAGCUGCGUAUCCGCGGGCUGGAGGCCAAGGACACGGGCGAGUACACCUGCGCCGUGGGCAGGCAGAAAACCACAGCUUCCCUCAGGGUCAGAGAGCCCGAGGUAACCAUCGUGCGUGGGCUGGCUGAUGCUGAGGUGCGAGCUGACGAGGACGUGGAGUUCAGCUGCGAGCUGUCGCGGGCGGGGGCAGAUGUGCAGUGGCGUCUCCAGGGCCUGCUGCUGCAGAACAAUGAGGUGACGGAGCUGAGCGUGAGGGGCGACCGCACCCACGUGCUGCAGCUGCGGGCCGUGACCCCCGAGGACGCUGGCACCGUCUCCUUCCACGUGGGUGGCCACAUGUCCUCUGCCCAGCUCACUGUCCGAGCCCCCGAGGUGAUCAUCCUGGAGCCCCUGCAGGAUGUGCAGCUCAGUGAGGGCCAGGACGCCCACUUCCAAUGCCGGCUGUCCAGGGCCUCGGGCCAGGAGGCCCGUUGGUCUUUGGGAGGGGUGCCCCUGCAGGCCAAUGAGAUGAACGACAUCACCGUGGAGCAGGGGACGCUGCACUCACUAACCCUGCACAAGGUGACCGCUGAGGAUGCUGGGACCGUCAGUUUCCACAUGGGCUCCUGCAGCUCCGAAGCCCAGCUGAAGGUCACAGCCAGGAACACGGUGGUGCGGGGCCUGGAGAACGUGGAGGCCCCCGAGGGUGGUGAGGCGCUGUUCGAGUGCCAGCUGUCCCGGCCUGAGGUGGCUGCCCAGACCUGGUUGCUGGACGAUGAGCCUGUGCAUAGCUCGGAACGCGCCGAAGUGGUCUACUUUGAGAACGGCCUGCGGCACCUGCUGCUGCUCAAGAACCUGCGGCCUCAGGACAGCUGCCGGGUGACCUUCCUGGCCGGGGACGUGGUGACCUCUGCGUUUCUCACUGUCAGAGGCUGGCGCCUGGAGGUCCUGGAGCACCCGCGGGACUCGGCGGUGCUGGCCGGGGCGCAGGCCUGCUUCAGCUGUACGCUCAGCGAGGCCGUGCCCGUGAGCGAGGCGAGCUGGUACGUCAACGGGGCUGCUGUGCAGCCGGAUGACCCUGACUGGAUGGUCACUGCUGACGGCAGCCACCAUGCCCUGCUGCUGCGCCACGCCCAGCCACACCAUGCCGGGGAGGUCACCUUUGCUGCCCGCGAUGCCCUGGCCUCUGCACGGCUCACUGUGCUGGGCCUCCCUGACCCCCCUGAGGACGCGGAGGUGGUGGGGCGCAGUGGUCACUCUGUGACGCUGUCCUGGGCAGCUCCCACAAGCGAUGGUGGUGCUGGUCUCUGUGGCUACCGUGUAGAGAUGAAGCAGGGAGCCACUGGUCAGUGGCGCUUGUGCCAUGAGCUGGUGCCUGGGCCCGAGUGCGUGGUGGAUGGCCUGCGUCCUGGGGAGGCCUACCGCUUCCGUGUGGCUGCUGUGGGUCCGGCGGGCAUGGGGGAGCCCGUGCACCUGCCUCAGACCGUCUGUCUGGCAGAGCCGGAGCCCGUGCGUCCCCCGGCUCCCGAGAGCCGCCAGGUGGCUGUCGGCCAGGAUGUCUGCCUGGAGCUGGAGAUGGCAGCGGAGGCUGGCGAGGUGGUGUGGCACAGAGGCUCAGAGCGCAUCCAGCCCGACGGGCGCUUUGAGAUGGUCUCCCGAGGUGGGCGGCAGACGCUGGUGAUCAAGGACUUCAGGGCCGAGGACCAGGGGGAGUACCGCUGCAGCCCUGCCCGUGGCCCCAGCCCCCCAACAGCUGCUGCCUUCCAGGUGGUGCUGGCUCAGGACUCUGGGGCUGAGGCCCCUGCACAGCCCAGCCUGCCCCCCGAGGCGGCCCAGGAGGGCGACCUGCACCUGCUUUGGGAGGCCCUGGCCCGGAAGCGCUGCAUGAGCCGGGAGCCCACCCUGGACUCCAUCAGCGAGCUGCCGGAGGAGGACGGCCGGGUGCAGCACCUGCGGCUGGAGGCAGAGGAGGCCGCCCCCGACCUCUCUGAGGAGUACUCCACAGCUGAUGAGCUGGCGCGUACCGGGGAGGCGGACCUCUCACACACCAGCUCGGACGACGAGUCCCGAGCAGGCACCCCUUCCCUGGUCAGCUACCUCAAGAGGGCUGGGAGGCCGGGAGUCUCGCCUCUGGCCAGCAAGGUUGGGGCUCCAGCAGUUCCCGCUGUGAAGCCACCGGAGCAGCCACAGCAACCACCCGCAGCACAGCUGCCGCCAGGAGACCUGCAUGGGCCCUGCGUGGACGAGGCGGCCGUGAAGAUCCAAGCUGCCUUCAAGGGCUACAAGGUCCGGAAAGAGGUGAAGCGGCAGGAGGGGCCCGUGUUCUCCCGCACCUUUGGGGACACAGAGGCACAGGUCGGGGACACCUUACAUCUGGAGUGCGUGGUGGCCAGCAAAGCGGACGUGCGGGCCCGGUGGCUGAAGGACGACGUGGAGCUGACCGACGGGCGGCACCACCACAUCGACCAGCUGGCGGACGGCACCUGCUCUCUGCUGGUCACCGGCCUGGGCCAUGCUGACACCGGCCGCUACACCUGUCAGGUGACCAACAGGUUUGGGCAGGUGGCCCACAGCGCCUGUGUAGUGGUCAGUGGGACGGAGAGUGAGGCCGAGAGCUCCUCGGGGGGUGAGCUGGACGACGCCUUCCGUCGGGCCGCCCGGCGGCUGCACCGGCUCUUCCGCACCAAGGGCCCGGCCGAGGUCUCGGAUGAGGAGCUCUUCCUGAGUGCGGACGAGGGUGCCGUAGAGCCGGAGCCUGCCGACUGGCAGACCUACCGAGAGGACGAGCACUGUGUCUGCAUCCGUUUCGAGGCCCUGGCUGAGGCUGAGCGGGCGGUCGCCUGCUUCCGGGAGACGUUUGCCACGCUGGGCAUCAGGGUGGAGAUCAGCCUGGUGGAGCAGGGCCCCCGGAGCGUGGAGAUGCGUGUCUGUAGGGCAGCCCCUGCCCCUGGCAUGCCCCCGGAGCCAGCGCCCGGCCUGCUGCCCGCCGACACGGCCCCGGUAUUUGUGACGGAGCUGCAGAACCAGGAAGUACAAGACGGCUAUCCCGUGAGCUUCGACUGCGUGGUGAGGGGCCAGCCUGUGCCCAGCGUGCGCUGGUUCAAGGACGGGAAGCUGCUGGAGGAGGACGACCACUACAUGAUCAAUGAGGACCAGCAGGGUGGCCACCAGCUCAUCAUCACAGCCGUGGUGCCUGCGGACAUGGGCGUCUACCGCUGCCUGGCAGAGAACAGCAUGGGGGUGUCCUCCACCAAGGCCGAGCUGCGUGUGGAACUCACGAGCACAGACUACGACACUGCGGCCGAUGCCACAGAGACCUCCUCGUACUUCAGCGCGCAAGGCUACCUGUCCAGCCGGGAGCAGGAGGGGACAGAGUCUGAUGAGGGGCAGCUGCCCCAGGUGGUGGAAGAGCUGAAAGACCUGCAGGUGGCCCCUGGCACACGCCUUGCCAAGUUCCAGCUCAGGGUGAAAGGCUACCCAGCACCCAAGCUGUACUGGUUCAAAGAUGGCCAGCCCCUGACUGCGUCUGCCCAUAUCCGCAUGGCUGACAAGAAGACCCUGCACACCCUGGAGGUCGUCUCUGUGGCGCGGGAGGAUGCCGGACAGUACUCCGCCUACAUCAGCAAUGCUGUGGGCGCCGCCUACUCAUCUGCCCGGUUGCUGGUCCGCGGCCCGGAUGAGCCCGAAGAGAAGCCAGUGUCAGCUGUGCCUGAGCAGAUGGUGCCUCCCCGGGUCCUGGAGAGGUUCACCCCCAAGACGGUGAAGCGGCAUUCCAGCGUCACCUUCUCCGUGAAGGUAGCAGGACACCCAGCCCCCACGGUUCACUGGCUCAGGGAGGAGGCCGAGAGGGGUGUGCUCUGGAUCGGCCCUGACACACCGGGCUACACUGUGGCCAGCUCUGCCCAGCGGCACAGCUUGGUCAUGCUGGACGUGGGCCGGCAGCACCAGGGCACUUACACAUGCAUCGCCACCAACGCCGCUGGCCAGGCCCUCUGCUCGGCCAGCCUGCACGUCUCAGGCCUGGCCAAGGAGGAGGAGCAGGAGAAGGUGAAGGAGACCCUCAUCUCCACUUUCCUGCAGGGGACAACCCAAGCCAUCUCAGCACAGAUGCUGGAGUCCGGGAACGUGGCUGAGCUUGCUGGACAGAAGAAGGGAGAGACCCUGGCAGCUGAGGAGGCCGGUGGCCACCUGUCCCUUGCUGAGGUGGGCACGGAGGAGUUCCUGCGGAGACUCACCACCCAGAUCACAGAGAUGGUGUCGGCCAAGAUCACGCAGGCCAAACUGCAGGUACCCGGAGGUGACAGUGAUGAGGAGUCCAAGACGCCGUCUGCAUCCCCCCGGCACGGCCGGUCUCGGCCAUCCUCCAGUGUACAGGAGUCUUCCUCGGAGUCGGAAGACGGUGACUCGCGUGGUGAGAUCUUCGACAUCUACGUGGUCACAGCCGACUACCUGCCCCUGGGGGCGGAGCAGGACGCCAUCACGCUCCGGGAAGGCCAGUACGUGGAGGUGCUGGACUCGGCCCACCCGCUGCGCUGGCUCGUGCGCACCAAGCCCACCAAAUCCAGCCCCUCCAGGCAGGGCUGGGUGUCGCCUGCCUACCUGGACAAGAGGCUCAAGCUGUCACCAGAGUGGGGGGCCCCCGAGGCCCCUGAAUUUCCCAGGGAGGCCAUGUCAGAAGCUGAGUACAAGACGAAGCUGAGUGCCGUGGUCCAGGAGCUGCUGAGCUCAGAGCAGGCCUUUGUGGAGGAGCUGCAGUUCCUGCAGAGCCACCACAUGCAGCACCUGGAGCAGUGCCCCCACGUGCCGCCCGCCGUGGCCAGCCAGAAAGCAGUCAUCUUCCGCAACGUGCGGGACAUCGGCAGAUUCCACAGCAGCUUCCUGCAGGAGCUGCAGCACUGUGACACGGAUGACGACGUAGCCAUGUGCUUCAUCAAGAACCAGGAGGCCUUCGAGAAGUACCUGGAGUUCCUGGUGGGCCGCGUGCAGGCUGAGUCCGUGGUGGUCAGCACGGCCGUCCAGGAGUUCUACAAGAAAUACGCGGAGGAAGCGCUCUCGGCCGGGGACCCCCUGCAGCCGCCCCCGCUGCCCCUGCAGCACUACCUGGAGCAGCCGGUGGCACGGGUGCAGCAGUACCAAGCCCUGCUGAAGGAGCUCAUCCGGAACAAGGCGCGGAACAGGCAGAACUGUGCGCUGCUGGAGCAGGCCUACGCGGUCGUGUCGGCGCUGCCCCAGCGGGCCGAGAACAAGCUGCACGUGUCCCUCAUGGAGAACUACCCGGGCACGCUGGAGGCCCUGGGCGAACCCAUCCGCCAGGGCCACUUCAUCGUGUGGGAAGGGGCUCCGGGGGCCCGCAUGCCCUGGAAGGGCCACAAUCGCCACGUCUUCCUCUUCCGCAACCACCUGGUGAUCUGCAAGCCGCGGCGGGACCCCCGCACCGACACCUCCAGCUAUGUGUUCCGAAACAUGAUGAAGCUCAGCAACAUCGACCUGAACGACCAGGUGGAGGGGGAUGACCGCGCCUUCGAGGUCUGGCAUGAGCGGGAGGACUCAGUGCGCAAGUACCUGCUGCAGGCCCGCACGGUCAUCAUCAAGAGCUCGUGGGUGAAGGAGAUCUGCGGCAUCCAGCAGCGCCUGGCCCUGCCUGUGUGGCGCCCCCCGGAUUUUGAAGAGGAGCUGGCCGACUGCACAGCUGAGCUGGGGGAGACGGUCAAGCUGGCCUGCCGGGUGACUGGCACGCCCAAGCCUGUCGUGAGCUGGUACAAAGAUGGGAGGCCGGUGGAGGUGGACCCUCACCACAUCCUCAUUGAGGACCCUGAUGGUUCGUGCACCCUCAUCCUGGACAACCUCACCGGGGCAGACUCCGGCCAGUACAUGUGCUUUGCCGCCAGUGCCGCCGGCAACGCCAGCACCCUGGGCAAGAUCCUGGUACAAGUCCCACCGCGGUUUGUGAACAAGGUCCGGGCGGCGCCCUUUGUGGAAGGGGAAGACGCCCAGUUCACUUGCACCAUCGAAGGCGCCCCCUACCCUCAGAUCAGGUGGUACAAGGACGGGGCCCUGCUGACCGCCGGCAACAAGUACCAGAUGCUGAGUGAGCCACGUAGUGGCGUGCUGGUGCUGACCGUCCGGGCGGCCGGCCGGGAGGACCUUGGGCACUACGAGUGCGAGCUAACGAACCGGCUAGGCAUCACGCGCGGCGGGGGGCACCUGCACCUGCGGAGCCCGGCACUGCGGGCCCGAGACCAGCACCACAGGGAGCAGCUCGUGGCAGCUGUGGAAGUCACUGAGCAGGAGACUAAGGUCCCCAAGAAAACCGUCAUCAUAGAGGAGACCAUCACCACCGUGGUGAAGAGCCCCCGCGGCCGGCGACGGUCCCCCAGCAAGUCCCCUUCCCGCUCUCCUUCCCGCGGCCUGGCCGGCCCGCAGUUGGCACCUGAGCUGCCGUCCUCAGCAGGGCCCAGCCAGACCCACAGGCCUGGGGCAGGGCCAGGCUGGAAGCCCACGGUGCCUGCACUGUACGUGACGGAGGCCGAGGCCCACUCCGCAGCCCCACCUGGGGGCACCAGAGCCCAGCCCCAGUGGGUUGAGGUCGAGGAGACCAUCGAAGUCCGCGUGAGGAAGACAGGCCCCCAGGACGCGUCUCCUGCCAGAGAGGGGCCUGGUGGGGACCCCAACACCAACAACUCCAACAACAAGUGGCUGGCCCCUGGUGUCCUGCACGGGGCUGCCCCUGAGCCUGAGGGGACGGGAGCUCCCCUGGAGGAGGAAGGUGUCGGGCUUGAGGAAGAGGAAGGCCUGCACGCCCGGGACCCCAAGAUCCUGAAGCGUGACGGCCGUGUGCUGACACUGGCGGACCUGGAGGACUAUGUGCCCCAGGCCGGGGAGACCUUCGGCCGCAGCGGCCCCGGGCCCCGGGCCCCUGAUGACCUGCCCUGUGAGGUGGCCGUGCUGCAGCGCGAGAUCUCAGAGCCCACUGUGGGGCAGCCCGUGCUGCUGAGCGUGGGGCACCCGCUGGGCCCCCCGACCUCCCUCAGGCCCGGGCCCUGGGGCCACAGCGCCCAGGGUGUGUCCUUCCUUGGGCCCUGGACGCCGUCCUGCCCAGGUGCAGCACGGGUGCAGCGUUGCACAGACAGUGGCCAGAGCAGCUUCAAGACGGAAGUUUCCGCCCAGGUGGUCAGCUUCGGGGCCGUGGGCGAGACGGUCACUCUGCACAUCCGCCCGGAUGGGGACGAGGCCCCCGGCCCCUCCCACAGUGCCCCGUGAGGCUCCGAGGCCUGGUCACCCUUGACCCUCAGGCUUUGCCCUGCACCAGAAGUCCCCAACUUGCCUGGGACACGAGCUUGGACCCCACCCCUCCUUGCUUUCCACAACUCAGGGCCCUUCCUACCUCACUGGACUUGAGCUUCAGCCAAAGCUCUGGGAGCCUCACAGAGCCAGCGGUCUCCUUCCUCGUGGGCCCCCUCCACCCCAGCAGGCCGGGGGCCUGAGGCCCCUUGGAGGGUCUUCCUGCAGGGUGGGCAUGGGGGCUGGCUGUGGGGAGACCCCCAUCUGUUGGCCUCUGUGAUGGAAAUAAAACGACUCCCACAUCC